AAAAACUUUCGGGUCAAACUGGAACUUUUUGAGUGUUAUAUAUUGUUGGGUGGUUCACAUUCCAUUCAAUCAUUGAUUGAUCAAUUUGAAUUGAUUUUGAUUUUCAAAUAAAAAAAGAAAAGAAAAUAUUUUUUCAUCAACAAGUAUUAUGGUCGACAUGACUUGAGUCGUUAAUUUUCUUUUUGUAUUUUUUUGUUGUUGAAAAUCAUCUAAAUGAAGAAAUGUCUCAGCUAGAAAUAUUUCGUCAUUAUCAUCGAAUAUUUAUAUAUUGUUUUUAUUUAAUAUCAUCACAAUUAUCGAUACAAUUAGUCAACGGUUUUAUUUGUGAUCAACAAUGUACAUGUAUACAAUCAUCGGGAAAAUUUACCGCCAAUUGUACCGGCUUAAGUUUACAUCGUUUACCUCAGUGUACGGAUUUAAAUCCCGAACAACAACAACGUAUGAAACAAAUACAGGUUCUUUGGUUACAGCGAAAUAAUUUUGCUCAACUUAAUAGCCAUAUAUUUCAUAAUGCAUGUCUUGAUAAUUUACAAAAAAUUUAUCUACAACAAGCUCUAAUUGCCGAAAUUGAUGAUCAUGCAUUCAAUCCGUUGACAAAUAUAAUUGAAUUAUCAUUGGCUGAAAAUUUUCUAACUUUGAUACCUACUGUUGCAUUUGAACAUCUAAUAAGAUUACAAACAUUAGAUCUAUCAUGGAAUCGAAUACGUGAAGUUUCAAAUAAUUCAUUUAACAAAUUAAUUAAUUUAAGAAAGUUAUCAUUAGAACGAAAUAAUAUUAGCUUUAUUGAUGUUAAUUCAUUUGCUGGUCUCAUCAACAUACAAACAAUCAAUCUUGCAUCAAAUCAUUUGACCAUAUUGAAUCCAGAUUCAUUCAUAUUCCUUAAAAAUCUUCAUACAUUAUAUCUAGAAUCAAAUGAAUGGAAUUGUAAUUGUCAUAUGCAACCAUUUAAACGAAUGCUCAUACAACAACGAAAUCGACUUCACAUUAUUGAUCAGCCACGUUGUUCGGGAACAUCGGUUAUAUGGAGUAAUUUAGCAUUGGAUCAUUUUCAAUGUGCACCAAAAAUCUAUCAUAAUGUUUCAGAUACUGAUAUAACGUUAAGUGAAGGUUCAACAUUACGUAUGAAAUGUGCCAUUGAAGUAGAAACAUUUGGUGAUCCAAUUGUUGAUCGUGAAUAUUUAUCCUUAUCACAAAUUAAUUGGUAUUGGAAUAAUAUACAGAUUAUGAAUAAUUCAAAAGGUUGUGAUCAUAAUUGUAAUAAACAUAUGCCAAUAUCACAUGCACAAGAAUUUCAAAUCGAUGAAAUGAUUGAAGAAUUUAAUCAAACAACAAAACUUAAAGUAUCACAGUUAACAUUAUAUUCAGUGAUGACAUUGAAUGCUGGAAAUUAUCGUUGUAGCGUUGUUAAUCAUGCUGGAAGUGAUGAAAUGUUCUAUAACGUUUAUGUUGUACCAUAUUAUUCGCAUAGUACGAAUUUUUUUCAAAAUGAUCAACAUCCUAAAGUGAUAUCACCAGCUAAUACGGCCAAACGACCAUCUUCUGAUUCUCAAAUUUCAUAUAAUAAAAAUAUUAUGAAUCACCAAGAUGAAAAUUCUGAUCAUGUUUUAUUCGGUUUAGUGCUUGGCAUAUUAAGUGGUCUUUUUCUGGUUCUAGUCAUAUUUAGUAUUAUGUUUGUUUUUUUCGUACGUAAACAAAAGAUUGUACCUACACAAGAAUUGAUCUUGAUUGAUACGGUAUCCAAUACCGAUAAUAAUACAUCAAUCAAUACAUUAGAUGAUCCAAAUCAUGAAACAAAUACGGAAACAACUACCGAACGGAAUGCAUCACAAAACGAAUUUAAUCCGUUAUUGGUUGUAAAUCCGGUAAAAAAACCACCAAGACUUGGUAUACCGGAUGUUAGCUCAAUAUAUUCAAGUCCAUCUUGGACCUUGAAUCGCACCAAUACGUUGGUACACAACAAUCAUCAUUUACAUCCUGCUAAUCCACAUAAUCUUCUUAAUAACAAUCAUAUUAAUCGAUCUCGUUAUGCAUCGUAUGCAGAAUCCGAACCACUUUAUUCACCACUUUAUAGUACAUUGUAUAGAAAUCAUCAUAAUCGUCAUCAGAUUUUGGCCAAUCGAAUGUUGAAUAACAAUAAUAAUAAUAUCAAUAACAAUGAUGCUAUGGCCGAUACUUUCAUCUCGGAUACUGCAUCAGAAGUUUGAAUUUUUUUCCUCGAAACAUUUUAUUUUUUUAAACAUAAUUUCAUCAAUAAAUAUUGUACAAAUAAAGUUUUU